CUCGUUUGCGAAUCGGACCACUCUGAUCACUCGACUCUCACUUUAGACAAGUCUCUUAUCGUGCCUAUGAUGAAUUCCACUGCGUAAAUGAAACUGCUCAGAAACUUUCUCCAGCAUGAAGCAGCUGCUUAAUGAACGGAUCUGCGCUUUAUUUCGCAGUAACUGGCAGCAUACUCUCACAUACUGGAGUGUGUUUUUUAGUUUUGGACUCUGUGUCGCUUUCCUGGGUCCGACCAUCCUGGACCUGAGAUGUCAGACUCAGUCUACGCUACAGGAGAUCACUCUGGUCUUCUUCUCCCAACAGUUUUUCCUCUUUAUUGGAAGCACCAUUGGAGGAUUCUUCAGUAAAACGCUUGUGAGUUCUUUGUCAGCGUUGGCUGUGUCCAGCCUCACCAUCUCUGUGGUUUUUGCUGUCAUCCCAUUAUGCCAUAAGCUGCUCGUGUUGGCCUUUGCCAUGGCGGUAUCUGGUCUUGCCAUGGGCAUCAUUGACACCAUCUCUAACCUACAGCUGGUCAAGAUCUACCAGAAAGACUCCACAGUUUUCCUGCAGGCCCUUCACUUCUUUGUGGGUCUCGGGGCGUUAGUGAGUCCCCUCAUCGCUGACCCCUUCCUGUCUGAGACCAGCUGUGUGAUUGGGAACAGCAGCACCAAUGCUACAUCAUUAAGGGAUCUGAGGAACAAGCUCGCAGGCAGACAUGUGCACAACGUGUCCAAUGUCCACCUCCACACCGACGGAGAGGUGGUGACCAACGUUUCCUAUGCGUUCUGGAUCAUGGCUGUCAUCAAUCUUCCUGUACCCAUCGCGAUACUAAUCCUCAUGUAUCGGGAGCGACUGUUCGUGUGUGGCUCAGACCCCAGUCGACGUUUACUAGAUGGAGACGUGCUAGCGAUGAAAACCUGGGGAACCACAGGUCUGACCGAAGACGCUGGACAUCAGAAAGACACUUCUAGAAGCCAUGAAGGCUUGUUCGGAUGCUGUCUCCUUGGCAACGUGCGCAGCUUUCCGCUGUCUUUCUUUGGGAUCCAUAUCCUCGGGGGUCUGGUGCUCUUCUUUUCUGACGGUAUAGUGGGCUCAUACACAGGCUUUGUGUACACCUAUGCAGUGGCGCCCCCUAUGAAUCUAGCUCACAAGACCGCCGGAUACUUGACGUGCGUCUUCUGGGCAGCGAUCAUUGCAGGCCGACUGUCAGCCAUACCUCUGUCCUACAGAUUUAAACCUGUCCGGUUGCUCAUCGUUAGUCAGGUGGGUGUGAUAGUCACACUACUUCUGCUGCUAAUCUUCUCCAGCAGUAGUGUGUUCCUCUUCAUCGGCACCUGCUGUCUUGGCCUAUUUAUAAGCAGUAUCUUCCCCUGCAUGCUAGCAUUCACUGAAGACAUCCUGGAGUACAAAGGUUGUGCCACCACAGUCAUGGUGACCAGUGCAGGGAUGGGUGAGAUGUUACUCCAGGUGCUCGUGGGUUUGGUGAUGCACAAUCAAGGUAGCUUCAGUUUCCUGUUGUGUGGAAUGAUCUUCGGCUGCCUGGGAUUCGCCGCCUUCAUUUUGCUGUUCUUCGCCCAGCAACGUCACAAAAACUUCAUGGAAGCUUUACCUGGUGACUCUCCUACUGAAAGACUUGAAGAAAACGGGAUCAAGACCUGUUCUGCUGGCGUGCUGAACUCAUGGGACACGUCAGAGCAGAAAGCAUCCAUCGAUCCAUAACAAUGGAGAAUAUGGAUGAAAAUAUGACAGGAGCAAAGGGACAAUGGUGUCGUUGACUCAGGGGCAUCAAAAAUGUCAUGAAGUGUUAAAAGUUUAUUUUUGUAUUAAAAUAUUUUUGAUGAAUGAAAUGAUCUUGUGCACAAAUGUCACAAUUUAACAAUUUUCAAUGGCUGCAAUGGUAUGUGCAAUACAAUAAGUUUUAAAGAAAAGUUGUUUUUUAUUGGAUGGUUUUUACUUUUAAAAGAUGGUGUUUAUUUUUAGAAACACACUGACCAAUCAGCAUUGGAGUAUCAGUGGUUUUUACUGGACCAAAAUAACAACAAGAAAAUGGUAUUUAUUAUUUUUUUGAAUAUGCAAAAGUCCUGCAGUGUUUUCUUUGAAUCCAUCUCUAAGCAUCUGAAUUGGACUGGGCUCAUGCAUUGUGUUGCUUUUGUUCUUCGCAGACUCAUUCAAACCCUACUGGGAUGGUUAUCAGUCUUAUUCACAAAUCAGUAGCCAUUUAAUUCUCUGCCAAAGUCGAUGUGCUCAUAACAGAUUUGUGGUGGAGAGAUUAAGGUCAGAAAAGGACAUCCUACCGUUUUCCUGGAAAAGUUUCCUUGUAUUGUGUUGUAUGGCUUCAGGUCUGACGGUUCCUCUAAAGCCAGUGACCUCGGCGUUCAGGUGGGCGAUCCUGAUUGUUAGAGGUCGCUGUGUCAGCUUAUUUCUGUUGGCUUGGGUAAAAUUUUAUUUGUUUUUCUGGUUUACGCAGGUGUCAGACAUGCUAACGUUAACACAAUUGCUGCAUAAAUGAGGUCAGCUUUCUGUAUUUGAUGAAGACACACAAGCCAAAUGAGUUACUGUUUUUCUUUUUUUAUAUAGAAAUCUUCCUUCCCUUCCAACAUCCACAGAUUAGUACAACAGGUAUGCCAAUGAACAGAUUUGUAAACAUUUGAACUGCAUGAGACAAUCUGAAAAUACAUUUGCACAAAAAUAUUUCUAACAUUUGGUGUCAAUAUUGUACCAUAACAGUAGAAUUGAUCACACUUUUGAUUAUCAUCAUCCCUUUUUCCACAAAAAAAAAUAAAAAAAUUUACUCACAAAAACAAAAUAUAGUUCUAAAUGCAGUGCAGUCAUGUCAACAUUUAGAGGAUGAGAAAAUCUUAUGUGUCUUAAAAGUUUAAUAGUGGCACUUUCCAAGAAUAGGGUACAAAACAGCAAUCUAUUAACUUCCGAAGCAUAUUUAAGAUACUAAAGAUAUUAAUAAAGAUAUUAUGAUACAUAAAAUGUUAAUUUUCUAUUGUAUAUGGAGUUCCUGAAGAAAAAAAAAACAAAUCUGUUAUAAGGUCUGAAUAUGGGUUAAAAGCCUGAUUUGUCAUUAUUGUUGUGUGAUUUCUUGCAAUAAAAUUCAAAUAAAAAUACACCAUAAUGGGCAACAGGGUCGCAAGUAAU